UGUGGCAGACUGUUGUAGUCGAUUCAAAGCUAUGAUCUGUAUCCGAUUACGGAUUUCCUGGUAGGAUUAGGGUUUGGGAAAGAACCAAAUACAUUUAAUUUUGCUAGUCUUUUCUGAAAAGAAACUGUUUCGUAUGAUUAGGGCAUUUAGAGUACGGUGUAACUCAAUUAUUACGACUCAGUAAACUUAUACAGGGAGGCAGACACAAAGCGCUGUUUUUAUUUGUGAAGGGAAGCGGUUUGUCAGCUAGCUAACGUUGGCUAGCUUUAGCUUUUAGCCUGCACUGUUGGACAUGUCUGCUUCGGCCGGUGUCUCUCCGUCAGCCCAGGGCACGGCCCUGGUCAGUCCAGGCACGGGGAUGUCCAUGUUUCGGUGGCUUGAUGUUUUGGAGAAGGAGUUUGACAAGGCAUUUGUUGACGUCGAUUUACUACUUGGAGAAAUCGACCCAGAUCAAGCUGACAUCACAUACGAGGGUCGUCAAAAGAUGACAAGUCUCAGCUCCUGUUUUGCUCAGCUUUGCCACAAAGCGCAGACGAUUUUUCAACUUAAUCACAAAGUAGAGGUGAGCACAAACGUGUCUUGUAUAAAUGCUUAAAAGGAUGUGCAUGAUCAUUUGAUAUGUUAAUAGGUAUACUUAUGCUGUGUAGGCCAACAAGCUAGCUCAUAGUUAGCUAAAUAGUUGUCAGAAUUAGAAUGUCCUCCAAGGCUCUCUCAAUGCAUGACAGUGCGUCUCUGCCCAUCCAGUUGACAGGUCGAGGGUAGAUGGCUCGACAUGAUCCCAAACAACAACUCCGUACUUUGUCCCUUCCUAAAAGUUUGAGAUUGACCACCAGUAUCAAUAUUUGUGUAACUUGUUGACAAUCUGCAUUUAUGCUCUGGCACUUGACAGAAUAAGAAUUUGGCAACAGUACACACACACACACAAUAUUUGACAGCCACUUAGUUGCAAAAUCUAUUGAUGAGAAAAACAGAAACAAGGAUCAUCCUGACCCAUACUCCACCAUGUAUGACCUCACCAUGCUCAGUAACCAUUGUUUGGUCAGCUGUGUAGUUGACUCUGUCAAGACCUUCCCAGCAAUUCUUAUGACUACUGUAGAGCUCCUAUUACUGCCUGUAUGUAAAUUGAUACUGCAUUUCAGCCUCUACCUUCAGUGCAGUAUAGUGCUGAGGCCAGGAAUUCUGGCUUUACACAACCAGUUGACACCCAACAACACUACAAAGUCAUGGCCUAAGGGUAUAUGACGUGGCUAAAGUACACCAAAUCUGUGGAAAAUCCACUGAUUGGAUUUGUGAAAUGCCUCAGUUUUCUGUCCACUGGUAACUGGCGUUGGCAGUGUGACCAUUUACAAUUAUGCUAAGUUCUAUUUAGAGAAAGUAGGUUAGAUCUGUAUUGUUACAUUUUUACCUAGGCCUACAUGUUUUCCACCUACCUAAGGUAGCUUUGAGAUAAUGAUAGGUUGACACAAUGGUCACAUUACAGCAGGAAGGGCAGAAGCCCAUGAUAAACACAUCUCAAAAGGCACCAAUGCAAGGGGUAAGGGCAUAGAAAUGUAAAAUACUGGAGCAUGGGAAGUUCACAAAUAUUGUCAGAUUCCACACCAGCAGACUGUGAGAAUUGCCAGAACAUAGAAACGUCAUUAGGAGGAAAGAUGUUUGAAAUGCUUUUACAUUUGUAUCACAAACCAUUGAGAAAAUCAUGAAAGUAAGUGGCCAUUUUAGGCCUAUACAUGCCUCUUGUAAGACCCAUGGAUCGGUGAACCGUAGGCCUACAUGAUACACACAUCUUGGUGUCAUUAUGCUCUAAAUAUAGAUUGUCUUGAUAUUGAAAUACAAUUGAAUUCAUAUAUUCAACAUCAAAAAUAUUAAUCUCAACUACUGCCUUGGGAGAGGCUACUGCCACAGAUCAGAGCUAGAAUGGGUCUCAGGGUAGAGGCCACUGCCACAGAUCAGAGCUAGAACGGGUCUCAGGGUAGAGGCCACUGCCACAGAUCAGAGCUAGAAGGGUCUCAGGGUAGAGGCCACUGCCACAGAUCAGAGCUAGAAGGGGUCUCAGGGUAGAGGCCACUGCCACAGAUCAGAGCUAGAAGGGGUCUCAGGGUAGAGGCCACUGCCACAGAUCAGAGCUAGAAGGGGUCUCAGGUAGAGCACUGCACAGAAUCAAGCUAUAAGGGGUCUCAGUGUAAGAGGCACGUGCUCCUAUAUCAUCCUCCUAACUGGGAAGAUGCUGGAAGGGCGUGGUAAGAGGGUUUGCCCUUUACAGCACCACAACUACCCUUUUUGAUUUGGUUGAUUUUAAGACCUUGUUUGGAACAAUAUACUCUACAAGUACAUAAUAUUUCCAGAGUGGACUCUCUGCUAAUUCUGAAGAUGAUACAUUUUAUGAGCACCACCAACACUGUGAAUGGGAAAAUGGAUUCAAAGGGCUCUCCCACUGCUUGUGACUUUCUGAAUGUGCAAUCCUUAAGGAGGACUGUGAUUGGUUAAUGACUUGUAACGUCUAUUUCUUUUUUUUUAAUGGGUAAUAUCAUUAAAAGUACCAGAGCCCACUCUGGAAAUGUGAUGUGUUUGAAGAGUAUAUUGUUACAAACACAGGGCUCUAUGCUGACUUUUUUUUAUUACAAGGAGCACGUGUGUGGCUAAUUUGAAAAAUGUAGGCGCACACAAAGAAAUGUAGGAACACAAUGAAAAUUAUUUGAGGUAUUAAAGCUAGAAUCCUUAAUUCUUCUAGGCGCACCGGUGCUCCUAAAUGAAAAUUCCAGGUUGCACAGCAAAAUAUUUAGGCGGAUAUGGAAGUAAAAUGAUCACACUGUAGAGCCCUGAAACAAUAUGGCUAAAAAUAAGAUACAUCGAAAAGGGUCGUUUUGAGAUAUUAAUAUUUUUAAUGUUGAAUAAAUGAAUGUGAAAAUGUGUAUUUCAGGAACUGGACAUAGGCUACUCCAUAUUUGAGAGAACACUAAGGAGUAUAAUGACACCAAGAUGUUGUCUGUAUCAUGUACGGUUCACAGAUCAUAGGGUUUUACAGGAGGCAUGUAUAAGUACAAAAAAUGGCCUAAAAUGCCAAUUUCAUCAUGAUAAAAAAAGGUGAUACAUGUAAAAAGCAUUUUAAACAUCCUUCCUCCCAAUGAAGUACGUAUGUGAGAAUUGCCAGAACAUUCUGAGAUGCCAAAAAUAUUUUCAGCUGUCGUGGAAUCACCCAAUAUUAAUCCAGGUUCUCACACAGAAGACCAUACAUAACCGACGUUCUAUAGUAAUACUAGUCCCGUGCAAAUAGGGCUAAAGAAGGGUUUAAGGUUGCCUAAAGCCCUAUUCGGACUGGAUUCGUUUUACUGGGGGAGGUCGGGUAGUGUAAUUAUGUGCACAAAACAUGGCAGGAGAGUAACAAUUCCAAAGUCCUCUGAUAGUACUAGUCCCGUGCGAAUCGACAUCCCUGUGUUUUGAGAGAAAUGUAUGAGUUUGACAGGUGUUGCUCGCGCUUUGAGCAAGGAAACAAUAACUGAUUCGAUAAAUUGAACAAAAUGCUGUGCAUAGCCUAUAUAUGAACGGCCUAAAUGUAUCAACUUUCACAGUGAAUGCUUUUGUUUAUACGUUAUGUGCGAAUAUGAAUUGAACAUCGGCAAAUGCGUCAAGAAAAUAAAUUGCGGCUAUUUAAUGCAACCCUUGGUUUUAAUCGAUCGCAAAGCAUCAUACAACCGAGCUAAACGUUUGGAAAUGACAAGUUCACUUCCUCAUUCAUAGCCUAAAAACGCAUAUCAAGUGCAAGUGCGCUGUUUAGCUCACAUCUGAAGGCUAGGACGUCGUCUACUGGGGAUCGCUAAAAUAUCUUAAUGAUUAUGAUCACACUUUCUCAAUUCAAAUAUUAUGGCGACACUUUACCAAAGAUGGUUUAGAAACUUGGGAACCAAGCUCGAGUUAUCAGUGUAGCCUUUUGUCGACCGGACUUGUUGAAAUAGCUUCAUGCCUAGAAAAAACCUCCAGGCUUCAGUCAUAACUAUCAAUUUAUAUAUAUAUAAGGUAAGUAUUACAGGGGGCAGUUUGGAAAAAACGAAUCCUGUCCGAAUCGUCCUCUUGAAUAACGGACAUUCUGGUGUAAAUACAUAACCAACGUUCUCUAGUAAUACUAUUCCCGUGCGAAUAAGGUUUUAUACCACAUGUGUCUCUCCGAGUUUUCGCUCCUCCCUUGUACUUGAUUGAUGAAUUAAGGUCACUAAUUAGUAAGGAACUUCCUCACCUGGUUGUCUUGAUCUUACUUGAAAGGGGAAAACCAAAAGCCAGCAGAAACUAGGCCCUCAAAGGUUUGAGUUUGACACCCCUGCCAUCUACUCAUAGGAACCUUACCAGCAUAUAAGCUAGUAUUGGCUGAAAACGACCUAGUUGCACCUUAACCCCUUUUAUGUAGUCUGUUGGCAUGUUAUUCUUAGCAAUGCUGCUGUGAUGUCAGAAUAACUAGUAAACACUCAUGAAAGUAGAGUAGAAGAUUUUCUAGACCUUGAGGACUCAGAUUGGUGGUGUCAAGCCUGUUUUUCCUGCCUAGCCAUUGGAACCCAUUACGGGCAUCCAUUUCUAGAUUCAGAUUUUUGGCUAACUCAGAAUUCCACAUGAAUACGAGUGUAUCGGCUAGAUUUAUAUUUGGAUCUAUAUUUGCUGAAGACCGUAAGCCUGAGAAGGAAGAAUGUCUUCAGGUCCAGGGCCUCUCUCUGGUACCCAGAUGUUCAGUGUCUUAGUGCUGCUACAGGUUAGGACAUUUGGUGCCUGUUUCAGACCCCAUGGGGAUGGGUGUAAUCUACUUUACCCCCGCCGUUAAAAAUCUAUUAAAACAAUUCUUUAUUUUCUCCAUAGUCCUGAGAGUUCAAUGGGGGCUUUAUCCCCUUCUGUGAGAUGAAUCAGUUUUGCAUGUGUGAAUCACUUAAAAAGCUUUAACUGUGGAAGAUGUAAGUCUGCCGGGGAAGCCAAGCUUUAGGGAAUUACUUUCUGUCAUUAUGUUGCCGACACUUGAGAAAAAAGCUAAACUGUGUCUUGUCGAGGGAGCUAGGUUUUUAAAUGCAAACAAAAUAGAUUGUAGAAUAAUAAUCAAACAUAAAGUGAUCGCUCGGCUAUUAAGACUUCCUCGGCUCCGGACUGUUACUCUGGCAUAGUUUAUCAGGAAGAGGACAGGUCAGCCGGACCCAUGUCUUAGCCUUUCUGAUUAGAUGAGAGAGCAUAGUGUUUAGGAGCAAGGAUAUAGAGAUCACUCUGUGACCCAGCCAUGAGAUGCCCACAUUCCACAACGCCCAACCCUCUGUGUCACAAUCAGGAUGUCCUGCCCCUUUUUGGCGUGUGUGUCAGUGUUUCCCCUACCUAUAUUACAUUUGAGAAGCUAUAGAAUAUUCGUACUAUAGAAUAUUCUAUUUGAUUUAGACUGGGUCUCUAUAAUGAAGGCCUGAUUAUUACAGUGAUAGAUGAGUCUCUGUCUGAGGAGGAUAAUACAUCAUUUAGGAGACAGAGGCUGUUUAGUAUUCAGUCAGAUUCACAUGAUAACCACACUCCUCUUUCAUCAUCAUAGGUGGAGUGAAUCCUAAAAUAUGACGCUCAUUCAUAUCAUAGAUUAAUUCAUUCCCACAGCUGUGACAGGCAGAUGGCCCCAGUUCAAUGGCAUAAAUCAAUCAAUGUUUUGUCUCUGAACUUAACUCUGCUUCCCAUGUUGCCAAGCUCAAUAAGCUCCAGAGACUAGCACAAAUGUGAUUUCUUUUUUUCAGGGUUCUGUUCGCGUACAAUAGACAACCCUCAGCGCAGGAUCUGUAGGCCUAUUCAUUUUGGCACAAUUCAUUCAGGCUUGAAUAAAAAGUAGCCUGCUUUCUAAGAAAAAAACUUGUUGGAAAUAUCUGAACGAGAACAGAGAGAAAAUGUAAAACAGACCAAUUAAAAAUCUAAUUUGAUCCAUGCUGGGAUAAUGGCAUGGGCCUGGCACACUGAUUGCACUACAUAUAAAUGAUGAUGAGGGUUCCUAAGAAUCUAGGAAGUCAGAAGAAGUGUACACUUAUGUAACUCUCUCUCUCUCCUCUCCCCCCUCCCUCCUCCAGGCUCAGCUGGUGGACCUGCGUUCGGAGCUGACUGACGUGCAGGCGGAGAAGGAGGUGGUGGAGAGGGAGGUCCACGACCAGCUCCUCCACCUCCAUGCCAUGCAGCUGCAGCUUCACGCCAAGGCUGGACAGACCGUGGACUCUGACUCCAUCAAAGACAGGAUGGUAGGGCACCUCUCUCACACACACGACUGCUAAUAUAUUUUUUGGUAUACCUGCUGAGGUUCCAGUGGGCCUGUAAAGUGGUAAAUGGUCAUAUUCUUCCCCACUGCUUGGCUGUGAUUUUAACUCUGCCUUUCUAACCUUUGACCCCUUCUCUGUUCUUCUCACCUUAAGCCUGUUCCCUCAGUGGAGGAGAUGGUAAGUGUGUGAUGUCCUCUGUGUGUCUGGUUGUGGUUAGUGAUAGCUGUGCGUCUCUGUCUUGCAUGUGUCUGUGCCUUGGUCUGUGUACUCAUCCUACCCUCAAGUUCGGUCUUUUCCUGCUCUUGCUAACAACAGUUGUUCAUUAAUAAGUCCAACAGGCCCUCUAUGGGGCUUGUGCUACAUUUGACAUUUUAGUCAUUUUGCAGACGCUCUUAUCCAGAGCGACUUACAGUUAGUGAGUGCAUACAUUUUUCAUACUGGCCCCCCGUGGGAAACGAACCCACAACCCUGGCAUUGCAAGCGCCAUGCUCUACCAACUGAGCUACAGGGGACUACUAGAUAGUGAACUAAUGCAUGUGAACAAUUGUGCAAAUGUUCUAAGGGGAAAGAAAAAUGUGAUAUUUCUGUGAAAGCCAUGAAUGCCAUUUGGUGAAUGAGGGAGGUUGCUCUGUAAUACAUAAAGUAUGUAGUGUUUGAGCUACGUUACCAGAGGGUCCACAAACACCCAAAGCUUAGACUGAGACAAAGGAGUCCCCAAGGCUCCCAGCCUAGGACCUGCAGCCAACCUGCCCUCCCCGAUCCCAGUGCACCGCAGUGACGACAGUGAUAUCAGAUAUGGAAUUAUUGUAGCUUUGUUGCAUUGUGUUUGUUAUUGCCUAUUCAUGUACAUUCGUGUUGCCCUAUUUGAUAGGAAAAUGCAUGUUUUGAUACUUGGAAAGAGUUUUGUUUCAAUAGUCAAGAAAGCGCAAAGGGAAAUAGGUAAAACAUAAAUUACUACAAGACAAAAAAGCUCACUCAAUCAAGCCUGAUGGUCUUAUAAAAGCAAAGCUUACUUUCAUAUAAUUUAAAAAGUUUGAAAAAGUAGUGGAAUGGGAUAAUGUCUUGGUGUGAGGAAAGCAUUCAAUACUUUAUUUUGUAAGUUUGCGGUACAAAUCACAUUAUUGUUGGAGCACCUCCUCCUAAGAGUAUGAAUUAGGCUGUUUGAGACGUUUUCAAUCCUAAGCAACCUGCCUACACAUUGUUUGAAUUACAAUAGACCAAUUUAGCUACUGUAGUAGUUAAAAGAUGUGUGCUCGAAAACCUUGGUAGAGCAUGGGUGAAGUAGGCAUUGUGGUGCUCAUGUGACUUGAAUUUCCUUUUUUGGCUUCAGACCAAUAUCUACUUCUCACUUAAAACAUAGUUUUUGUCCUUAAUUGAUAUGUGAUUGUGGUCAUGUUUUCAUCAUAACAAAUCAGAAAAUGUAAGCACAUUUUCUAGAAAAGGAAAUUACCAAUUGUUCUGGUUGUCAAUUUGAUGCCACAAACAAUCAAGUUCUGAUGGAACCAACUGGCUGUACCUGUGUUCUAAAGAUUAAGUUCAAAUCUUUGACCCUUUGUUCAAUCUCUAACUUAUGGAUAACUUGUUAGUCAUGGUCACCAUAAGGGUUAGUGCUUUGAACUUAUAAUAGCCAAAGUCACAGUUACCUAUCUUGUGUGUCCUGUGUAUGUGUGUGUCUUGUCCUCAAGUAGAUAUUUCAUUUAACUUUCAUCUAUACUGUAUGCUGUAUCCAUUAUUGUCUUUGACAUGGUAUUUGUGGAUGUAACACAGCCUGUGAGGAUGCAGCUGUGGACUGCUCUUUUCCUGCUCCCUGCGCUGUGGUGGCUCCCUGUCAACUGGGCUUCAUCUAAUAUUGAUCAGAGGAGACUGCUCUAGCCUCGAGUCAUGACCCAGUCUCUCUGUAAAGCAGGGAUCUCUCUCUCUCUCUCUCUCUCUCUCUCUCUAAACAGCACAGUGCCAGAGCUGACAGGAGCGAAGCACUUGCUCUCUCUGUAGAGUUUAACUCAACCAUUUAUCUUUGCUUGUUUGUGUUUGUGUGCGCCCUCCCGCCUGCCUGUGUGUGACAGGAGAGGGAGCUGCAGGCCAACAAGAAGGAGAAGGUGAAAGAGGUGAAGCUGGAGGCAGAGGUCAAGCUGCAUAAGAAGGAGAAUGAGGCCCUCCGCAGGCACGUCGCCGUACUGCAGGCUGAGGUCUAUGGGGCCAGAUUGGCAGCCAAGUACCUGGACAAGGAGCUGGCUGGAAGGUAACCCUAACCCUAGCUCCAACCCUAGCUCAAGCUUAGACUGAAAUAGGGAGGGACUACCUCAAACCAAUAAUGCUGACAGUGGUAACUGGUUGUCUUUGGAUCCAUCGUCUCCAGAGUACAGCAGAUCCAGCUGCUGGGUCGGGACAUGAAGGGGCCCGCUCACGACAAGCUGUGGAACCAGCUGGAGGCUGAGAUCCACCUUCACCGCCACAAAACAGUCAUCCGAGCCUGCAGGGGGCGCAACGACCCCAAGAAACCCCUACCAUCUCCAGUGGGGCAUGUGAGUGGACAUCAGAGUCAGGGGUUUGAUUCUCAUUGUAGUGAAGAUAUUUGUUUCCUCUUUGUGUAUCGCUGAUUAUUUGGUUGUUUUAUCUCUCCCUCAGGAAACAGAUAUACUGAAGAAGACUCAAGGAGUUGGUCCUAUUCGUAAAGUAGUAUUGGCCAAAGAAGAUCACGAGGGACUUGGAAUUUCAAUCACGGUAACCUCCACCACCAAUUUUAGCCCAAACCAGAAAGUGUUAAAUGCUAUGCCUCAACCCAUAGUCUGUUGCUUAUCUGUCAUGGUCCAUACCCUAAUAUGUGUGUGCAUGUCUGUGUGUUCUUUCUGGAUGGACAGGGUGGUAAGGAACACGGGGUGCCCAUCCUGAUCUCAGAGAUUCAUCCUACCCAGCCUGCGGAGCGCUGUGGGGGGCUCCAUGUGGGCGAUGCCAUCCUGGCUGUCAACAGCAUCAACCUGAGAGACGCCAAACACAAGGAGGCUGUCACCAUCCUCUCACAACAGGUCAGACUCAGCCCCAGGGAGAUAGAAGGGUUGCAUCUUGACAUUAAUUGAUGUAUGACAUGACUAGCUAUAGUGGAAGAGUUGACUAUAGCAUAUACAGCAUGGGACCAGGCUAAGUAAAACCAUAGUAAAAAGUGAAUACAUUCCUUUUGUGAUCAACAUUUCAAAAGCCUUUUGUCACCCUCUCUGUGACACCCAGUUAGUGUUUAGCCUGGGGGUUCGAGCUUUUACUGAGAGUCAGUCAUAUCUUUCCUUUCCUUAACUUUAGUCAGCCCACACACUCUAGAGUAAUUGAAUGGAGGUUCAUGCUGGGGUUAGUUCAUUUAGCCUGCGGGGCUGCUGCUGUGGAUUGGGGAAAAACAGUUAAUCAUGCCUCUGCAAACAAACAAACCAACAAACUAACUAAGCUUUUGGGUAACUUACUGUUAAGUUUUCUCUAACACUGCUGUGCAUGUGUGCUUGUGUGUGUGUCUGCCUGUGUCUGCCUGUGUCUGUCUGUCUGUCUGUCUGUCUGUCUGUCUGCGUCUGUCUGCGUGUGACUGUCUGUGUGUGUCUGUCUGUCUGUCUGUGUCUCCUCCUGUCCUCAGAGGGGAGAGAUAGAGUUUGAGGUGGUGUACGUGGCCCCGGAGGUGGACUCUGACGACGAGAACGUGGAGUAUGAGGAUGACAGCGGCCAUCGCUUCCGCCUCUACCUGGAUGAGCUGGAGGAGGGGUCAGCCGCCAGCAGGAACAACGGCACAGCAGACUUGGCAUCACUGCAAGGCAAGUUAUCUCUACUGUACCUCAGUCCUGGGCUGUCAUUGAUCAUAGAAAACGCACACAUAGUUUUCACAGUAGUAGGGCUUCAUUUCGAUGUAGCUACGUGCAUUUGAAGUGUUUUUACUUCACAUUCACUUUCAUUAGACAAAUGGAAGUCUUUGUGUUAAUGUGUAAAUGGUAGGCUUGGACGGUAUCCAGAUUAUCAUACUUAUACUUACCUUGUGCCAUACCCGGAUAUUCGGUAGUACCGUGACUGAACACAAGGGGCGCUAUUUUGAAGCCCCACUGAGCCUUUGAGUACUGAAAUAAUAUAUAAACGCAACAUGCAACAAUUUCAACGAUUUUAUUGAGUUACAGUUCAUAUAAGGAAAUCAGUCAAUUUAAAUAUAUUCAUUAGGGCCUAAUCUAUGAAUUUUAUAUGACUGGGCAGGGGCGCAGCCAUGGAUGGGCAUAGGCCCACCCACUGGGGAGCCAGGCCCAGCCAAUCAGAAUGAGUUUUUCCCCACAAAUGGGCUUUAUUACAGACAGAAAUGCUCCUCAGUUUCAAUAGUUUCUCAGACGAUCCCGCAGGUGAAGAAGCCAGAUGUGGAGGUCCUGGGCUGCCAUGGUUACACGUGGUCUGCGGUUGUGAGGCUGGUUGGACGUACUGAAAAAUUCUCUAAAAUGACGUUGGAGGCAGCUUAUGGUAGAGAAAUGAACAUUAAAUUCUCUGGCAACAGCUCUGGUGGACAUUCCUGCAAUCAGCAUGCCAAUUGAAUGCACCCUCAAAACUUCAGACAUCUGUGGCAUUGUGUUGUGUGACCAAACUGCACAUUUUAGAGUGGCCUUUUAUUGCCCCCAGCACAAGGUGCAUCUGAAAUGCUUACUAACAGGGAUGUAAAGAACUUUGCGCACAACAUCAGAGAGAAAUAUGCUUUUUGUGCGUGUGGAACAUUUCUGGGAUCUUUUAUUUCAGCUCAUGAAACAUGGGACCAACACUUUACAUGUUGCGUUUAUAUUUUUGUUCAGUAUAAAUGUAAUAUCCCAUAGAGAAUGCUAACUAAAUGCUAACAAGUGCAUUGCGAAAAUUCUAGAGUCUCUGAGCUAAAGUAUUUGCAGGACAGACAUCCCGGCUCAUAAAGUUAUACAAAUAACAAAAAAAUGCUACUCAGUUGGCUGCAUGCACAAAACAAAUAUUAGACAGUAAGGCUCUUGAUCCAGGAAGUGAUUCUCUGCUGUUACCAAGCGAUACUUGAUUUUGGAAGAAGCUAGCCACUUCGCUAGAUAGCUAACUAGCUACUAAAUUAGCAAACCAAAUGCACAACUGCAGAGCAUUUUAGACAGCUAACUUAAUAGUUAUACGAUAUCUAGCUGGCAAACAUUUAGUUGUGAAUUCCAUACUGUAACUAGAUCACCUGGCGUGUGCUGCACAACAGUGAGUGACUCACAAGGCUUGGGUCUCUCUUCGUUGGGUGCUUGUAAACAAACACCACGUGACUGGGGAACACCGGUAAGCUUCAUAAUGAAAAAUUAUGUGACAGGUGAAAUGAAGAACGCAACCUUCUUUAUCUCCUAACGUAUUGCAAAAGUUGACUACAGGUAUUUACUUAAAAAGUAGCAAAAAAAAUCAAAUGUAUUAAAAAAAAUUCAACGGUAUUGACGGUAUUAAAAAAACAUCCUGUGGCUAUUUCCAAAUACCCCGAUAUACGGUAUACCUCCCAACCCUAGUAAGUGGACUUUACAGACUGCCACAAUACCAUAUGAGCAUAUGUGAAUGAACAGAAAAUAUGGCAUUUCAGUUGGUACAAGAGUGAUGAUAGGUGCUACAGUAAGGAGAGAGAGUGUAUUCAUGUCUGUCUCUCUAUAUGUGCCUGAUGCUGCAGCCCUGGAGAAGAUGUCAGUGAGUGAUGGCCCAGAGAACGGAGACACAGGGAUCUUCAGUGAGACGCCAUCGGAGGAGACCCCGUCUAAGGCGGCUGAGUCCGGAGAGAGCACUUCCUAGAGGGGCGG